AUGACCGACUCCCGCCAAUCCGACGGCGGUUGCCUUUCCGCCAUAUGCUCUUGCUUCAAGAGACGAGAGAAGCCGCGCCAUGACGUUUCAAGGUCUCCUUCGACCGGUGUUGACGUCCUACCAGCGUCAAAAUCUGCUGACGAUGAGAAGCCUGAGCCUACAGACCCCAAGGUCGUACGUCGUGAUUCAGUACCAGGCGUCCCACGUGCGACAUCAUCUACUGGUAUUGCGGAUAACCCAUCACUCCUUCCUGCUUCCAACGUUCCAGGGUCCUCUGCAUUGGACGGCUCUACUUCAACCAUUGAUUUAUGGCAGGAAGCAUGCAAGAAGGUGGACGUCAAAACCCAGACAUGGAUCGCCAGUCUUCCUCCACCAUUCAAUGCUCAAGAUCCUGCAGGUGAGCUGGCGGAGUUGGUCCGCACUAGCGAAGAGGAACGCAAGCAAGAGGCGCUGAAGCUCAAGUCCGGCGACCGGGAGAUUCUGUGGAGGGAUUAUGCGAACAAAGUUAUGCCUGUGGUGACUGCAAUUGGAGAUAUUGCUAUCAACUUUGCCCCUGCGCCAUCUAACGUCGUGUGGUCAGCUAUCAAGGUGCUUCUGACGACCCACGUAUCUGAGCGCGAGGAUCUUGUGGCUAUCAUGGGAUGUACCGACAUAGUCCUCUGCCUCGUGAGGCGUGGUCGAGUGUACGAGGAGGUCUACAUUGGUUACUCCAUGUCGCCUAGGCCGCUAUAUCAGGAAGAUUUGAUGACGAAGUUAGUUGAGGUAUACACGAAAUGCUUGGAGUUUCUUGCUUUUGUCCACGAAGAGAUAAAGCAUGGCGUUUCACGCCGAUUCUUCAACACACUCGUCGACCCAGGCUAUGGCAACAACCGUCUAUCAACAGUAAAGGCACUUGAGCGUGAACUUGAGUUCGCAACUCUUCCUUGUAAGGCCAAAGCGGAUGAUAAGUGUCGAAGACUGCUUGAAAGUCUUGAAGAACCGAUCAAGCGUACCGACAAGAAUGUCAGAUAUAUUCUUGAAGCGCUUAACAAGCAAGAAAUAGACAAGGCUAUGGAAUACGCCAGUGACAUUCCAGUCGGAUCUCAUCAUAACGAGAAGGCCGAAAACAGAACCGAGGGCACAUGCGAAUGGUUGGUCAGCCAUCCUGAAUUCCUUAAAUGGGAAGACUCUGAUUCCACUCCGGUGUUUUGGUUGCAAGGUAAUAUCGGUACGGGCAAAUCGUUCUUAUCUUCGAAAGUGAUUGAUCAUUAUCGAAUUCAGAAAACAUUUACCAGCCAAUCGCCCAGUCAGCCCAGCCUGGGCUUCGCCUUCUUCUACUGUAACAGCUCUGAUCAGAAUCGGCAAAGCAUUAAAUCCAUUCUCCGAAGCUACAUUCGACAACUAGGCGAGGUGACCGAUCAUCCUGAGGGCAUUCAUGAGACAUUGUUCAAUCUAUACCAGCGGAAACAAACUCAAAGCGAUAUCACGCUCCAGGAAUGCGAGACAGCGUUGGUAGAGAUGAUAAACAGCUACCCUCGAACUGUUCUGAUACUCGACGCAUUGGAUGAGUGCAAGAAAGACACGAGACGGCAGAUCGUUCAGCUCUUCAAGCGUCUAGUAGAGAAAACCAAUGGUUGUUUGAAGAUAUUCAUCGCCAGCCGCCCAGAGCACGAUAUUAGUGACCAUCUGAGGUCAUUCCAAGAGCUGAGGGCGACGAUCAUAAUCGACACAUCUGAUAAUCAAGGCGACAUCGAGAAGUUUGUCAAUACAGAGGUAGACAACUUCACUGUAUAUUGGAGCCCUGAAACUAAGCAGGUCGUUAAAAAGAAGCUUGUGGAGAAGAGCACGGGAAUGUUCCGAUGGACUUACCUGCAAUGGGAACAGCUCAAGGAGUUCGAGACCAAUAGCAGUGUCGUAGCCAGACUUGGGAAACUUCCCAAAACUCUGACUAAAGCCUACGACGAGAUUUGCGAUAAACACGAGCCUGAGAGCUUCGAGCGUUUCAUGCUGCAGCGAGCGGUGAGAUGGGUCAUGUGCGCCCGCCACCCGUUGGACAGUUGCAAAUUGCUGUCAGCAAUUCGAGUGGAAAGCGAACAGAUGCAUAGAGACGGCAUAAAGGCUCUCGACAAGUCAGAUCUCACCGAGAAAAUGUUGGAGACUGUCUGCCGACAUUUGAUCGUGAGAGACCCAGAGCUCAAUGUCUGGAGGUUUUCCCAUGCAUCGGUCAGAGAAUACUUUGGAGAUAAGAAGGGAGAGCCGUGGAUCAAAGACGCGCCAGCGGAGGUAGCAAUUGUCUUGAUCAACUGCUUGAGGGAUUGCUGCGCAGCUUACUCAUCUAUCUGGCUGCCCCCAGAUGUCGACCCCUACACAAGGGAACUCCAGGAAAUAUCAUACGAAAGAUCAAGCCUAGCAUUCGACGAAUGGAUGGCGGCAGGAGGGGCGGACAUUGACCAGCCCUUAGAUCCUCGGCAUCCACUUCAAGCGUACAUUCAACUGAACUGGGUCGCACACAUACACGAUCUUUCAGAACAAGACGACAGAGCUGAAGACGUAGCCUUUGCUUUGAAACGAUUCCUGGGUGAAGAAUGUCCUCCUCAUUCUUCGAGGGAGUACCAGAUAUCUUGCAGCCUGAGAUUCAUCUGGGACGUACCUCAACAUAUACAGCCAAUUGCCAACUUCGCCUUUGGCGUUGUGGCAAUGGAUCUUCAUCGGUUCCUGCCUGAGUGGUGGUACGAAGGCCUCGACCUCCCCUCGAUGGUGAAUGAGAACGGCUUGAGCCUGCUGCAGAUUGCCACCUUGUAUGGCCACUACAACGUCUGUCAAUUCCUGAUCAGUCGGGGUUGUGACGUCAACGCAUCUUCUGGCGCCCUUGGUUACGGCCCUCCGUUGUGGAUAUCAGUAGACCGGCGAAAGAUUGAUGUCAUGGAACUGCUCCUCAAGAACGGUGCAAACACGGACUGCGUCCACAGAGACAGAACUCUAGCUUGUCUGGCAGCCACUGUGGGAUCUGAGUAUUGCACUAUUCUACUGGAGAACGGCCUGGAUCCCAAUAUUAAAUGUCGUCGCAGGUGCUUCUUUGGUUGUGCCCUAUCAGCGGCUGCCUAUGAGGGCGAUCUCGACGCCAUAAAAGCCCUGGUUAGCAAGGGAGCAGAUGUCAAUCCGGAGAAUCUCAAAGACAACUAUGGAAGCCCUCUGGCUUCUGCCGUACACCUAGGCCAUAUUGAUAUUGCUUGCUUUCUUCUAGAGCACGAAGCUGAUGUCAACGCUAUGCCGGAAGGUGGUAAAUUUGGCAGUCCCCUGGCGGCUGCUGUAUUGACGGCAGACGUGGGUUGUGCUCGGUUGCUGAUUGAACAUGGCGCCGAAGUCAAUGCGUAUCUGGAGUUCGGAGAAUAUGGCAGUAUCCUGGAUGCUGCAAUUUUCGGUUAUAUGCCGUCUCUCGUUAUGAUCAAGUUUCUUGUUGAAGAAGCAGGGGCAGAUUUGGCUCAGCUGGCCUUUGUACGGCCCAGGAGAAAGGAAGACGAAAUCCGGACCACAAGAAGAAAACGGUGCGAAAGUAUCGACGGAGCGAGGAGGCAAAGGCUUAGAUAUGAGAGGCGGAAAGACAAGAUGGAUGUGGCAGCGUAUCUUAUACAGGAACUCCAGAUGGAGAGGCAAGUGUUGAUCAGCUUCGGCGUUCUCCCCAGGGAUUUACCUCCCGAUGUAGGUAAUACGGCCGACAUGGAGUAUGAAGAGUUGGAUGAUUACGAUUUGCGUUACGAGUCUUGGUCUUGA